AUGGCCGUCCGCGAGCGCCACCUUCGGGCUCGCGCACCUCCCCAAGAUGGCGGCGCCCGAGGCCUGGCGCGCCCGGAGUUGCUGGUUCUGUGAGGUAGCGGCGGCAACGACCAUGGAGGCCACGUCCCGGGAGGCGGCGCCAGCGAAGAGCUCGGCCUCGGGCCCCAGCGCUCCCCCCGCCCUGUUCGAGCUGUGCGGGCGGGCGGUGAGCGCCCAUAUGGGGGUUCUGGAGAGCGGGGUGUGGGCCCUCCCAGGCCCAAUACUCCAAAGCAUCUUACCUCUGCUCAAUAUAUAUUACUUGGAGAGGAUUGAGGAAACUGCCCUCAAGAAAGGCCUCUCCACUCAGGCUAUCUGGCGCCGACUCUGGGAUGAGCUGAUGAAGACAAGACCUUCCAGUUUGGAAAGUGUGACCUGUUGGCGAGCCAAGUUUAUGGAAGCCUUUUUUUCCCAUGUUCUACGAGGUACCAUUGAUGUGUCUUCUGACAAGCGCCUUUGCGACCAGCGCUUCUCACCUCUUCUGCAUAGCUCCCGCCACGUCCGGCAACUCACCAUUUGCAACAUGCUGCAGGGUGCAACCGAGCUGGUGGCAGAGCCCAACCGCAGGGUUCUGGAGACCCUGGCCAGUUCCCUGCACACCCUCAAGUUCCGCCACCUGCUGUUCUCUGAUGUGGCUGCUCAGCAGUCACUGAGGCAGCUGUUGCAUCAGCUCAUUCACCAUGGCGCUGUCAGCCAAGUGUCGCUGUACUCCUGGCCUGUGCCUGAGUCAGCCCUUUUCAUCCUUAUCCUUACCAUGAGUGCUGGCUUCUGGCAGCCAGGCCCUGGUGGGCCACCCUGCCGCCUCUGUGGAGAAGCCUCCCGAGGCCGGGCCACCUCCCGAGAUGAAGGGUCGCUGCUGCUGGGUUCACGCCGGCCUCGCCGGGAUGCUGCAGAGCGCUGUGCUGCAGCCCUGAUGGCUACCCGGAGGAAGAAUGAAGCCAAGCAGAUGCCUAGAGCGGCACCCGCCACUCGAGUGACACGCCGGAGCACAUACGAGAGCCUGACAGCAAGCGGGACAGACCUUAAGAGAGGGCUGCACCCUCCAGCCACUUCCCAGGAGGCUUCUGGUACCAAACAGCCACCUUCUACUGUGGCUGCCACCUCUUCUGCCUCUGCCUCCUCUUCCACAUCCUCAUCCAAAAGGGCUCCAGCUAACUCAGCCCCACAACCUAAGCCCUUAAAGCGUUUCAAACGAGCUGCAGGGAAGAAGGGUCCUCGUGUCUGUCAGGGAUCUGGUGCAGAGUCUGAAGACCUGUAUGACUUUGUUUUUAUUGUGGCUGGUGAAAAAGAGGAUGGUGAAGAGAUGGAGAUCGGGGAAGUGGCUUGUGGAGCUUUGGAUGGCUCAGAUCCCAGCUGCCUGGGGCUUCCAGCCCUGGAAGCCUCCCAAAGAUUCCGAAGCAUCUCCACUUUGGAGCUAUUCACGGUUCCCCUCUCCACAGAGGCAGCUCUGACACUAUGCCACCUGCUGAGCUCCUGGGUGUCUCUGGAGAGCCUCACACUCUCCUACAAUGGCCUGGGCUCUAACAUCUUCCGCCUGCUGGACAGCUUGAGGGCCCUGUCAGGCCAGGCUGGAUGUCGCCUCCGUGCCCUGCAUCUCAGUGACCUAUUCUCACCGCUGCCCAUCCUGGAGUUGACACGUGCCAUCGUGCGAGCCCUGCCCCUGCUGCGGGUUCUCUCUAUCCGUGUCGACCAUCCAAGUCAGCGGGACAACCCUGCUGUGCCAGGGAACGCUGGGCCCCCUAGCCACAUAAUUGGAGAUGAGGAGAUACCAGAAAACUGUCUGGAACAGCUGGAGAUGGGAUUUCCACGAGGAGCCCAGCCGGCCCCACUGCUCUGCUCUGUUCUGAAGGCCUCAGGAUCUCUACAGCAGCUAUCCUUGGACAGUGCCACCUUUGCCUCUCCCCAGGACUUUGGACUUGUGUUGCAGACACUCAAAGAAUACAACUUAGCCCUGAAGAGGCUGAGCUUCCAUGACAUGAAUCUGGCUGACUGUCAGAGCGAGGUGCUCUUUUUGCUACAGAACCUGACUCUUCAAGAGAUUACCUUCUCUUUCUGCCGUCUGUUUGAGAAGCGCCCAGCCCAAUUUCUGCCUGAGAUGGUUGCUGCUAUGAAGGGCAACUCCACACUGAAGGGCCUUCGGCUGCCUGGGAACCGCCUGGGAAAUGCUGGCCUGCUGGCUCUGGCAGAUGUUUUUUCAGAGGAUUCAUCCUCUUCUCUCUGUCAGCUGGACAUCAGUUCCAACUGUAUCAAGCCAGAUGGGCUUUUGGAGUUUGCCAAGCGGUUGGAGCGCUGGGGCCGUGGAGCCUUUGGUCACCUGCGCCUCUUCCAGAACUGGCUGGACCAGGAUGCAGUCACAGCCAGGGAAGCCAUCCGGCGGCUCCGGGCCACCUGCCACGUGGUUAGCGACUCGUGGGACUCAUCCCAGGCCUUCGCAGAUUAUGUCAGCACCAUGUGACGGGGCCCAUACCUCACAGGCCCAUGUUCAGCUAGUAGCGGCUGAGGCAUGGGCUGCCCAGAAUUCCCACCAUCAAUUCUUUCUCUGUCACCUUUUUUCUCUUUUUCCAUCUUCCCUUGCACUGAGGUCCUGGAGGCCUUGAUGUAGCCUGGCUAAGGCAUUCCUGCAGCUGGGUUUGGAGAUUUCGGCCCCUUACUCAAGUCCUCUGGGAGCCUGGACCAGGAGGUCACAGUGGUCAUCACUGUCACCGAGGACAGUUCCCUCUCCUUGCCCUAGGGUUCCCACCUCCCCUCCUCAAUCAGGCAUCCAGGCUUUAGAGAAGUGUAGGAGUGCCCACUCCCAGGCCUCUUCCCUCUUGGGCUUACCACACUGCUCUCAGGCCUCAGUCCCUUUCAUACCUUUAUUCCUUUCUUUUUUUUAACCAAAAAGUUUUUCUUAUAAAAUAAAUUUUGGGCAAACAUCA